AUGAAUGAAUCUGAAGACCAUGUUUAUUUCCCAAGAGAGCUCAUUCUCCUUGUGGCUGAAAGUCUCAACCCUCAGGAUCAAUUAUCCCUUUUACGCGCCAUUCCUGAGGUCACCGAACUCUUGACCAUCCGACACACUGGGAUUCAAGAUGAAGACGGGAAUACGCUUUUACACCUACUAGCAGAAAAGGAUGAGUGCAGACUGAUGAAUAUUCUGCUGGCAAAGGAUAGUACUCCAGUCAACGGGAAGAAUAAUAAUCUUCUCACUCCACUAUCAAUCGCCGCUUUGCGUGGGCAUGCAGAGGUGGUGAGGCUCCUCGUGGCGCGAGAUGAUGUGGUGGUCAACUCAUAUAAUGGCUGGGAUUUGACGCCACUAUCGUACGCAUCUAUGCUUGGAUAUACAGAAGUGGUAAAUUUACUACUGCGGCGAGACGAUAUCGUGGCAGACGCAAAGGACAUCCAUUUCCGGACUCCGCUGCACUUCGCAGCUGAACGUGGACAUGAAUCAGUGGUAAAGCUACUCAUCGAACGAGAUGAUGUAAAGGCGGACUCAAGGGACGACUUUGGUUCGACCCCGUUCUCAAAGACAGCUUAUUAUGGACAUGGAGCGAUAGUGAAACUGCUAGUAGGGCGAUGCGAUGUGGAAGCGGACUCAAAAGAUAGUCUUAGUCAGACGCCGCUGUCACAGGCAGCUGAAGGUGGUCAUAAAGAAGUAGUGAGACUGUUGAUCGGGCGAGAUGAUGUUGAGGCGGAUUCAAAGGAUGAGGAUGGUCGGACACCACUCUCGCACGCAGCUGAAGGUGGACAUGAAGAAGUGGUGAAACUGCUAGUGGGGCGUGAUGAUGUUGAGGCGGAUUCAAAGGAUGGUGAUAAUCGGACACCGCUAUCACACGCAGAUGAAGGUGGCCAUGAAGAAGUGGUGAAACUGUUGAUCGGGCGACAUGAUGUUGAGUCUGAUUCAAACGAUAGCUAUGGUCGGACGCCACUGUCAUGGGCACCUGAUCGUCGAGAUAAAGCGGUGGUGAGACUGCUCGACAAGCGAAAUCAAGAACAAUCAUCAGAUGGUAUGUUCCAGCAUAUCUCGAGUCUGGAUCCACAACAAGCUUAG